AUGUUAAAGGCUAAUAUUUUAGCAUGUCUUGGGCCACUGAACCCAUUUAGUGUACAUGUUUCUUUCUCCGUUUCUCUUUUCUCGCGACAGCAAGCAAAGAGAGAGCUUUAUUGGUCUCCAUUUCAUUUUGCAUUCAUGUUUUUGGCACGAGUUUUUGGAAGGAGACUCUUUGCAACAGCAACAUCAGAAGCUUCUGCUGCUGGGGCUGCAGCUGGUAGUAGAGUUAGAACUGCACAUAACCCUCUUGAGGAGUUCUUUGAGAUUGAUAGAAACCCUGAGGAGGACAAACCUGUUGUCUACGGGCGUAGUUGGAAGGCUACAGAGCUACGUUUGAAGUCAUGGGAGGAUCUACAUAAGUUAUGGUAUGUCCUGCUGAAAGAAAAAAACAUGCUCAUGACUCAACGCCAGAUGCUUCAUGCUCAAAACUUGCGCUUUCCUAAUCCUGAACGCCUACCUAAGGUUAGGAAAUCAAUGUGCAGAAUCAAACAUGUGUUGACUGAGAGAGCAAUUGAAGAUCCAGAUCCUCGGAGGACUGCUGAGAUGAAGCGAAUGAUUAAUGCUUUAUGAUCAUCUUCUUGUUUUUUUAGCAUCAUAAUCAUAAUAUACCAAUAAACUGAAUUCGAGAGGUGAUUAUGAGACCUUUUCCUUUUAUGCUUGUAAUUGUAUGCACUAGGGAUAUGUCUUUUCAUUUAUUCCAUGGAGAUGAACAAAAGAAAGGGGAGCACAUUAGUCAUUUUUUUCUUUCUUUCAUACAAUGUUUAUCUAGACAAAAAUUAGUGGAAAUAGAAGGAAAAGACAUGGUGGCUUGGAAAGGUUGAAGGCAUUUUAUGGGUAGGGUUUUGUCUUGAUGGAGAGGAUUCAUGGUUUAGAUCUUCAUUGAUUUUUAAUAUAUAAGCAAAUUGGCUUUUGAGA